AUGGCCGAGAGCCCCAUGUGGGAGCACAUCGGGACAAGCUUUGUGCACCUGUAUUACCAUCACUUUGAUGCCGACAGGGCACAGCUGAGCACACUCUACGUGGAUGCAUCUCGCCUGUCCUGGGAAGGAGAACAGCUCCAGGGGAAGGCGGCCAUCAUGGGCAAGCUGAUGAAUAUUCCAUUCCACAAGGUCCAGCGUUUUAUCACAUCGCAGGAUCACCAGCCCGCUCCCGACAACCGCAUCCUCAGUAUGGUUGUGGGUAAGGUGAAGGUGAAUGGAGAGCCGCUUAUGGAGUUUCACCAGGCCUUUGUGCUCAAGAAUAUGAAUGACAAAUGGAUUUGCACUAACGACAUUUUUAGAGUGGCUUUACCUCAUUUUGGUUGA